UGUCCAGGUGCUGAACGCCAGCCUCCUGGAGGGGGAGGUGCUGUCCCUGGAGGACACCGGGGGCCCGGGGCCCUCCCUCCUGGCCAACGAGUCGGUGCUGAUGCGGGGCCUGGUGGUGCGCAGCCACAGCAACCAGAUCUCCAUCAGUUUCCGUAGCGACCGCGGCCAGGGACGCUCCGGCUUCGUCAUCCUGCGCUACCAAGCCUUCGUGCUGAGCUGUGCGUUCCCCCGGCGGCCUGCGGGGGGCGAUGUCUCGGUGUCCCGUCUGCAGGCCGGCGGAGAGGCCUUCUUCGUCUGCUCCAGCGGCUACCGGCUACAGGGGCCAGAGGUCCUGACCUGCCGCAACGCCACCACGCCCUACUGGAGCGGCAAGGAGCCCACCUGCGUCGUGUCUUGCGGGGGGAUGAUGAAGAACGCGACCCACGGCCGCAUCGUGUCUCCUGGUUUCCCGGGCAACUACAGCAACAACCUGACGUGUCACUGGGUGCUGGAGGCCCCGGCGGACCAGCGGCUCCACGUGCACUUUGAGAAGGUGGCCCUGGCCGAGGACGACGACCGGCUGCUGAUAAAGAACGGGAACAACAUCGACUCCCCGCCGGUGUACGACUCCUACGAGGUGGAGUACCUCCCCAACGAGGGCGUCCUGAGCACGGGGCGACACCUCUUUGUGGAGUUCACCACCGACGGCACGCUCACCUCCACCGGGGCGGCCAUCAGAUACGAAGCGUUCGCUAAGGGCACGUGCUACGAGCCCUUCGUGAAGUACGGUAACUUCAGCAGCAGCGACUCUGGCUACGGCGUGGGGGCGGUGGUGGAGUUCUCCUGUAACCCGGGCUACACCCUGGAGCAGGGCUCCGUGGUCAUCGAGUGCGUGGACGCCCAGAACCCCCAGUGGAACGACACCGAGCCCGCCUGCCGAGCCGUGUGCAGCGGGGAGAUGACCGACUCGGCCGGGGUGGUGCUGUCCCCCAACUGGCCCGAGGUCUACGACAAGGGGCAGGACUGCAUCUGGGGGGUCCACGUCGAAGAGGACAAGAGGAUCAUGCUGGACGUCCAAGUACUGAACCUGGGGAAGAACGACCUCUUGACCUUCUACGACGGGGACGACCUGACGGCGAACAUCCUGGGUCAGUACGGCGGCUCGCGGCCGCACUUCAAGCUGUUCACGUCCAUGUCCGACGUCACCGUGCAGUUCCAGUCCGACCCGGCCACCAACAUCUACGGCUACAACAACGGCUUCGUGGUGCACUUCUUUGAGGUGGCCCGUAACGACACCUGCUCGGAGCUGCCGGAGAUCAGCAACGGCUGGAAGAGCACGUCCCACCCGGACCUGAUCCACGGCACGGUGGUCACCUACCAGUGCUACCCCGGGUUCGAGCUGGGGGGGGCCGAGAUCCUCAUGUGCCAGUGGGACCUCAGCUGGAGCGCAGACGUCCCCCGCUGCGACCAGGUGCUGACGUGUCCGGACCCUGGGGCGGUGGAACACGGCCGCCGCACGCUGUCGGCCCAGCGGCUCUCGGUGGGCUCCACCGUGCAGUACGCCUGUCAGAAGGGCUACCUGCUGGCCGGCGCCGCCGUGCUCACCUGCUGCCGCCGGGACGCCGCCAAGCCCAAGUGGAGCGACCGGCUGCCCAAGUGUGUCCCGGAGCGCUACGAGCCGUGCAGGAACCCCGGCGCCCCGUCCACUAGCGUGCAGAGCUCCGAGAAGGCCUUCUACCAAGCAGGGGAGUCGCUCACCUUCUCCUGCCACCCCGGCUACGAGCUGCAGGGGGAGCCCGCCAUCGCCUGCGUCCCGGGACACCCGUCCCAGUGGAACAGCACGCCGCCCGCCUGCAAAGCUUCAACCAGCAAGUUUGUGAACGAGCGAAGGCUGGACGUGGCCAGCCCGGAGCUGGACCUGGAGGGCUCCAACGUGGCGCUGGUGGUGUUGGUCCCGGCCGUGGUGGUGCUGCUGGCCGUCCUGGCCGUCUACGUCUACUUCACCAAACUACAGGGGAAGUCGGUCCGAAUGCCGUCGUCGCUGCCGCCCUACGACAACAUGACGGAGGAGUCGGCGUUCGACAACCCCGUGUACGAGAGAGGCCACCGGAAGACCCACUCGACCUACUAACUGCCCCCCCCCCCCCCCGG